AUGGCACAAUCCACCCAAACACGACCCUUACAGGUUGGAGUGUUAUUGAUAAGCGAUCUAGUCCAACUUCUGGACUUGGCCCCGAUUGACCUCCUCACGACCCUUCAGCCGGAGUACCUCAAUGCUUGUGGUCUUCCAGAAGAGAUAGUUUCCCUCGGUAUAAGGAGCGAAAUUCACUACAUUACCGAGGAUGGUGAGAAACCAGUGAAAAUGACCAGUGGCGUCAGAAUUCAGCCUACGAUAUCUAUAUCAGAAUCGCCAUCGCUGGAUAUCCUCCUUCUUCCCGGUCCGCAUCCAUUACAUGAACCCUCUCCUGCCGUCGUCCAAUUCUUGCUUAGCACAUCGAAGAAGGUAUCAGCGAUACUGGCGAUCUGUACGGGAACGAUGACACUGGCCCGUGCUGGUGUCCUGGAUGACAUCCCAUCUGCAUGCCCUAGGCUUAUGCUUCCACUGAUGGAGAAAACUAUCCCCCAAGUGCGGUGGCAGAAGAAACGAUAUGUUCGACACGCGAAUAUUUGGACAAGUGCCGAAGUAACAAAUGGUCUGGAUAUGAUGCAAGCAUACCUUCGCAGCGCCUAUCCUCCGGUGAUUGUAGAGCUUGCACUCUCUUUGAAUAAUAUGUUUGAUCGCGGAGAAACCUUUGAUGGAGAUGAAGAGCACUCGAUGCUGCGACAGGUGGUGUAG